GAAAGGAAUUACCGACACACUCGGUAUACUAUACUGAAACGAGAACUUGACGAAGACGAACGUUGUCAAGAAUCAAGAUAUCUCGUAUCGUCAGCUGAUAGGAUCGCUGAUGUUCUUAGCGGUUGGAUCAAGACCAGAUAUUUCAUUCGCUGUGAGCAAACUUAGUCAGUUUCUGGAAUCGCCUACUACCAUACACUGGUCAGCAGGAAAGAGAGUACUCAGGUACUUGAGAGGUACUAAAUCGCUGGAAUUGACUUAUGGAAUGAAAAACGAAACAACAGAAGGUAAAAAUUUAAUAGCCUUCUCGAAUGCGGAUUAUGCGUCAUGUGUAGACACCCGCAAGUCAAUUAGCAGUGUUAUCUUGAUCCUGAAUUACGGACCUAUCAUUUGGUUAUCAAGAAAACAAAAUGUAGUUGCCACUUCAACUACAGAUGCCGAAUACAUAGCAGCUCAUGAUACAUCAAAGGAAACUGUGUGGGCUCGUAGUUUUUUACAAGAGAUCGGAUGCAGACAACUCGGACCAACGACUCUUUAUUGUGACAGUAAAGCAGCGGAGGCUUUAAUCAAGAAUCUAGCGUUUCACAAGAGGACCAAACACGUAGACAUAAAAUAUCAUUAUGUAAGAGACGUGGUUAAGAAUGGACAAUUAACAGUUACUCAUGUAGCAAGUGACAAACAACGAGCGGACUUAUUAAAACCACUUCCAAAACAAAAGUUUUUUAUAAACUGCGAACUUUUGAAUAUGACUUUAAACUCGUCGAGUGGGAGUGUUGCGAUGAGUGCGACUCGUCUUAGAUGGCGCUAGAGUUCGCAGGUUAAUUUUUCUCUAGUAAAAACCGUUCUAGAGUGUCGUACAGAAGAAGAAGCUGCUGUCCCGAGCACGGUCUUACAUACAGGUCUGGAAACUCCUCCAAAUUUUGGUGGUGGGGGUAGUUCCCUUAUUGAAGCCAAAUAGUUUGUAGCCCGGCCACGGCGCUGUCGUCUAACUCGCAGAUAAACAUAGCCUGAAAACUGCAAAACCGUAAGAUAAUAAAUUGUUGACAAAAUUCGCAAGUGACAAACUUAUUGAAAAAUGAGAUGUGUGGUACCGAAUUGUAAAAGCGGCAGCAGAACCGAGUAGAAACGUUCUCUAUUUCGAAUGCCAAAAGAUAUUGUUACGUGGAAAAAGUGGGAAAAAGCUAUUCCGGGUACUGUAAAGUUGAAUCAGACAGAUACUGUGUGUGUGAAAACCAUUUUAACGAGGAAGAUAUUGUUCGUGAAUGGAUAAAGUUCGACGCAAAUGGUCAAGAAAUUGCACAGGUGAGUUUAAUGUAAAUAUUGCAUGUGCGGUUUGAAGAGGUUCUUAUUCAUAUCCUGUAUUUCUCUAAUGAAGGUCGCAUACAAGCGUCAGAGGCUCAAGCAGUUCGCUGUGCCCACAAAAUUCAAUGACGUUCCAACAGGAAAGGAAAAUUGUGAGCCACUGGAUGAAAAUACGAAGCGAAUUUCGAAUUCUCAAAUAAAUUCUCCAGGCAUUGUCCAGUCCUCAGUUGGUGUCAUGAAACCUUCAAUUCAAGAAAACAGUAUAGUCGAAGCAGUCAUCGAUGUUGCUCAUAUUUCUUCACCAGUUCCAGUUGUUGACUCAGGCACUGAGUUGUCGGUCUCUCCAAUGAAAGUAUUGAGUUGUGAAACUGCAAUUACUUGACUCUUUUAGAAAUUCUUCGGCACUAUACGCCAAUGCGCGGGAUGCAACGAUCAUCCAAACUGCCCAACAUUUUUACAAUUAUACAAAUUGCUAUCGGUGUAUAGCGUGAUUAAGCCUCCGAAAUACGGGAAUUGCACCGUGUCGUCCAAUAAGAGGCCGGCGACUUUGAUCUCUAUCAGCGACAUCAAAGCUAUUUACAGCAACAAACGUGAAGGCAAAAGUGCGGCAUAUAUGCAAGAAAUUAAAAAAAAAAUUAGAUCAAGUGUUGUAACACGAUUGGGAGGCGGACGAUAUCAUCGAUCCUCAUUCCGAACACGAUUAUGCCCUUUCCCCUAUUCUCGAUUGUAUUAUCUACUACGUAACAGGUUUUCUAUGUUAAAUAUAUUUUCGCAAUGUGUUUGUCCAAACCAAAAAACGUAGGUUUGUAUUAUGUUGAUAAUAACGCUUGCUGUACUGCACUAAUCAUUGCAUGGCUUAUCAUUGAUUCAGCUUUAUAUAUGUCGACGUAGAAUUCAUGUUCUUUUUCUUUAAGACCAGUAUUCAUAAUCGGAUCUUACUUCAAGAUCGUCUUAAGUAACAUCUUAAGUUUCCAAUACAGCUCAGUGAUUGGCUUAGGUCAUCUUAAAUGUUUACUUAAGACGAUGUAAUAUAUAACAUCCGACUAUGAAUACCGGCCUAAGGA